AUGGAAACAGUCGAGAGUUGUCAUACCAAAUUUGGUGUUCUAAUAUCUCUUCAAAUCCCAUCGAUCGCUUGCUACAUCGGUUUAGUUUAUCAUAUGCUAUCAAGUCGCCAUAACCUACAAAAACUUCGCAAUCAUACUGCAAUUGCCAUGCUUUUUGUGGGUUUCAUCGCAGUUAUCAUGGGUCUCUCUAUGAUUCUCAACUUCUUACAAACUGGUGCUGUCAAGCUCGGUACUGGCGCUUAUUGUCGCGUUUGGAAUUUUAUCGAUUUGCUUCUCUAUGCACUAUUGUCUAUACUGAUGUUGUUGACAUCAAUCGAACGGCAUAUUCUUAUUUUUCACAAGCAACAAAUACUCAAUGCACAACGAAAGCGUUUCUACGUGCAUUAUAUUCCACUUGCUUGCAUUUUCGGAUAUCUAAUUUUUUUUCUAUAUUUAAAUCGCUUUCAUCCAUCAAUGCGAAAAUCAAUUCGACUACAAUCAAGUGGUCUGUGCUGGUCUAUAUGCUUCGUCAUCGAUACUCCUGUGUUAGGUGUCUUUGAUCAAUUGGAUCAUACUAUUGUUCCAUCUAUUCUUAUUUUUAUUGCGAAUAUUUGUUUGUUGCUUCGUGCUCUCUGGCAAAAACAUUACCACAUGCGACAAGCAAUAUAA